AUGUCUCAGGACCAGCUUAUCUGCCCUUUCACGUCUACGGGAACAACCAAGUGGUGCAUAUGGCAAGUCCUGAAGGAUCACCCUUCAGGAUUGCCUCUCGGCGCUCUAGUGGAGCUGGUCGUUAAGCAACGGGAGAUAACCUUUAAGAACCCCACCGGCGCGAUUUCCGGGGAGCUGUCCCGUGACAAGGAGCAUUUCUGCAAAGCUGGUGGGGGGCGUUGGGCUCUGUCAGUUUUUGGGCCUUUUGAUGGCGGAGGCCAAGGAGCGGGCCACCCCAGCGGCCGUACCACGGCAACAUCCCCCCGGGCCGAUCCAACCCAGGAGGGGAACGCUGGCCAAGGCAAUAAGGCCGGAGGGCCACAUGACAGCGGCGCCAUUGCAGCUCCCAGCGAACCCGCUGGCAGCGAUGACGACGACGACGUUCCCAUCGGGGCUGCGGCUGCUGCUGCUGCAGCCGCUGCGGGGCCCGGUGCUGGGCCCCAAUGCGCCGCAGCACCCACCACAGCUGGCCGAUCCAAAAGACAGUCUGCUGCAGUCGCUACUGUGUCACCUGCGAAGCGCGCCCCCAGCGGCUCACAUGGCUCGGAUGACGACGUGCCCCUCACCGUGCUCUCUUCAAAGCCAGCGGCGGACGCAGUGGCCGGCGCACCACCAGCGAAGCGGCAGCGCAUGGCAGCGGCUGCGACGCCUCGAACAGAGCCGCCAGCUGAGGACGGCCAGGGAGCUGCCGCCGCCGCCGCCGCUGACUCCAACGGCGUCUAUGGCACAGGCUGUGCUGAGGUCACGGAGGAAGGGAUGGUGCCCGCGUCACAGCGAGCUACAACGACAGUUUCCGGGCGCGGGCGUGGGCGGGGCCGGGGCCGCGGCCGUGGGAGGGGCGGCGCCGCCGCUGCCGGGACAAACACAUCCGGCAGAGGUACUGGCAACGGCCGUACUUCCGCGCGCCUGGCCUCGAGGGGGUCGCCGGCAGUGACGGCUGCUGCAGCGGGGGAAGAUGCGGCAGUGGGGCCGGCUGCCGGCCGCCGCCGGGGCAGCCGGGGCUCCGCCGCCGCCGCCGGGGCAGCGGCAGAUCCGUCGGGUGAGGGGGCGCCACCUGCAGCUGCUGGUGCCGCCGACGCCGACGGCCCCGCUGGAGCUGAUCCGUCAGCGGAGGCGUCACCCCGGGAAGCUGCAUCACCGGGCUUGGAGGCGCCCAGCAGUGCCGCUGUGGGAGCGGGCGAAGGGGAGGGCGAUCAGCAGACACAUCCCGGCAGUGCGGCCGCUGGGGCAGCCAAGCGGGGCCGCCGCCGCGCCACACGGGGCGGCCGUGGUGGCGGGGGGGCGGGUCGUCGGGGAAGAAACCCGCAUUGCGAGAGCGGCGACCCGGAGUGGGCGGGUGGUGCGGGAGAUGCUGGCGGCGGCAGCGCCGGGUGUUCCCGGGACCCGUCACCGGCAGCGGCGGCUGUGGCCGUACCUGGGAUGCAGGGGCCAGUCGGCGGCGGGGGCGAUGCACCUGCCAGCGGGCACACCAGUAUUGCCGCCAGCAGGCCUCGCCGCGCAGCAGCAGCUCGGAAACCCGCCAUUGUGGAAGACUCUGAGGAAUCGGAGUCGAGGCGCAGCGAGGCAGCGGCGUCGGGCGAUUCGGGCAGCGAGCCGGCGCAAGACAUCCCGGGUUCGAAUCCUGCGGAUAACACGGCAGCAGCCACAACUGCAGGUUCAGCGGGCGAGGCCGGCCCGGUCGGAAAAAAGGGCCCCCAGCGGGACCGAAGCGGCGGCGGCGGAGGUGCGCAGCAGCGAGCGCAGUCACAGCAACGGCAACAACAACAGCAGCGGCAACAGGGAGCCCGGCAAACGGCUGGCGAGGGUGAAGGAGAGGGCUCGGGGCCGGGAGUCCCGCCAGCCCGCAAGCGGCAGAAGCGAAGUGACGCGGGCGAGGGGGCUAAGCCCGGGGCUGCGUCUGCCGGUCCAGGGGGCGACGGAGAUGAGGUCGUCCGGGCUCCUGGACGCCCCCGCCGGCGACCGUCCGUGUCUGCGGUGGGUGAUGAGGAGGACAAGCCGGGCGGCCGCCGGGCUAGCGGCGGCGGCGGCGGCGCUUCCCCUACCGGGACCGCCAGCGCUGGUCAGGAUGCCAGCCCGGAGACCUCGCCUCGACGGCGGCCGCCGGGUCCUCGGAAGCCGCCAGGUCGCCAGGCGGGUGCGGGAGCAGCGGCGGGUGGUACGGCGGCGGUGGGUAAGGCGGCGGCUGCGGCGACGGAGGAAAAGGAGCCGCAGCCAGCUACGGGCGGCACGUUGGCCAUUGGUGGCAGUAGCGCUGGUGGCGGUGUUGCACGUGCGCCGCGACAAGUGUCUCAUCGGCCGGCGGCGGUGCUGCCGGCUAAACCGUCAGCAGCUCCCGGAGGGUCGAAGUCGCAGGUGAAGGUGCCGGCGGCGCAAGCGGCGAGGCCGCCGCUUCCGCCGCCUGCCGCUGCUUCCACCGCCGCCGCCGCCGCCACGAAAGCCGAGCCUGGCGGAGGGCAGGAGGCAGGACUUGGCGUGGGGUCGAAAGGAGCCGCGCCGUCGCCGGUCGCUGUGGACGGCGGUGCUACGCCGGAGCAGUCGCCAUCGCCGGCGGCUGCACCUGGGGCAGCGGUCGUACCGCCGCUCCAGUCGACGGUGGCGGCUCCUCGACGGCCCGCUGCGACGGCGUCGUUACCGGCAAAGGGCCAGGGGCUUGCCGACCGGGCGGCGGCGGCAGCGGCGGUCGCUGCCGCAGGGGCAACUGCAGCGGCGGCGGCGGCGGCAGGCCGGGAUGCCGCGGUGAACAAAUCCGCUACGGCGGGCGCCGUUGCCAGCUCCGUUGACGGUGCAGCGCCCGAGGGAGACGCGGGAAAGGCGGCUGCUGGUUCUGCGGGUCGCAUUGGCGCAGCUGCCGGCGGUUGGGCUGCUGCGAAUGCAGUCGCUACAUCGGCGGCGCCACCACAACAAGGCACACACCUGCCGCUGCCACCGCCAGCGGCGACGGGUGCAGGAUUGGGGCUCAGCGGCGGCGUGGGGACCACCAACAGCCUUCCGCAACUGCCGCAGGUGCUGGCACCGAGAAUGAACCUAGGGAGGCCGACAACCCUGGUGACGGCCAAGUUGCGGGCCGCGCCGUCGGCGCAGCUGCCGGCGAGGGCCACACUAGCAGCGGCACCGGCGGCACUGGCUGCCGCCGCCGCCGCCGCGGCCGCGGCCGCCGAAACGGCCGCAGCCCUAGGCUCUGAGCCGACGGCGGCCGAGGUCGAUGCCGCUGCCGCCGGUGGCGACCACCAGCGCGGCGAUGCGGCACCGCCUGGCAACGCCGACGCCACUGACGGCGCCGCCAGCCGCGGCACCGGCGUGUUGAGCCGCCCCGGGAGCUCUCCGAACCUGGACGGUGCUGCCGGCGCCGCAACGGCGGCUGGACCCGCUGAGGUUGUGGGCCAGGGCAAUGAGCUGGACGCCAAGGUGACGGUAGCAUCGGCAGCAGUGCCGCCGCCGCCGGCGCCGUACGGCAACGCCUUGGGCCUGGACCUGACGGGCUAUUCACGGUUUCUGUGCGAGCUUCGCCGGGGUUUGCUACUGCCGACGCUACUGCCGUUCCGUCGGCUGCGGGGCAGUGUCUGGGUUGACAGCCAGGCGGCGCUUUGGGAGCUGAGCAUGGCGCGUAAGACACGGUCGGCCCACGGCGGCGGAGGUGAAGGCGACGCAGCCGCGAAGGCGGCACAGGAAGGGGAGCGUGCCUUGGCGGCGCUGCGCGAGAAGCUUGGCGCCUGGGGAAGCGAGCGCUUUUGUACGGCGCCGUUGCCGCCGCCUCCACCGCAGGCCGUCGUCAUGGUUGGUGAGGAGGACACGGAAGCGCCGCCGCCGCUGCCCGAGGCGACCCCGCCAGGGCUAAGCGGUGAUGACGGUGAGGCCGCAGUUGGCGGCAGUAAUGGCGGCGGCGCAAGUCAUGGAGGCGGCGUCGGUGCGGGUAGAUCCGGGAUUCAGCGCCGUACACCUCUCUUUGUGUACGGCAAGGUGCCAGACGUAGCUGGAAGCCAAGCUGAUGGUGGUGGCCGUACGGCACAGGGAAUGACGCGGUCGGGGAGCGCGUCGCAGGUGGAGCCGCCGCCGCCACCUCCGCCGCCGCCAGGCCUGUCGGGGCAUGACGGCGCCGGGGGCCGCGGCCUAGGACACCACCACCGUCGUGCGCCGUACGCCAUCUCCGGCCUCCGCCGCGGCGGGAAGUCCUCUUCUAGUGGCGCCGUCGCCGGCGGCGAGGACGGCUUGUCCGAAGGUACCGGCGUGGGAGGCGGCGGCGGCAGCGCCAGUGGCGAUGAGGGCGGUACGAGCAGUGCCGCUGACGCCAGCAGCGGAGGCGCCGCCGCCGAUCGGUGCGUUAAUAUGAGGCCAUCGGCUGCCGUGACGGCGGCCCUGGCAGCCUCCGCCGGCGGCAGGCCACCGCGGCCAGGACUGAUGCCUGCCGGUCCGGCCGAACACGCCACCGCGCCCCGCCGUGCGCCCCGCACCCUGGGCCCGUCUAACUUCACGAUUCACCCGCCCGGCUGCAUGGCAGUAGGCGCAUCGUCGUACAGCGCUGGCGCAAACACAGCCGGCGGUGGCGACGGCGCAGGUGGCGGCGGUGGCGCCGGUACCGCCACAACGUCCGCCGCCGGCAGCGCGGGUGCGCACUCCUGGGAGCGAACGGCGUCCGCGGAGCGGGAUGUGGCAAGCCGCCGCAAACCAGAGUCGUACGACCAGGAGCGGGACCUGGAGCGGGAGCGUCGUGAUGUGCGAGAGCGUGGGCGGGAUAACAAUGGUACCGCAGAGGAGGAGCUGCGCAUCGGCGUCGGCGGUUGUGGCAGCUCUGGAGUGCGCGGCGGGGCUGCCGCCACGGCUGCGGCUGCGGGGACGGGGAACGGCUCUGAUCGGGACUUGCGCGACCCACGGGACGGCGACGGCCGCCGGGACCUACGGGACCGUCCUUUCGACCGCGGUGGCGGCGGUGGCGGCUACGCCAACCGCGGUGGCGAGCGCAGCGGCGGCGAUCCACGGGACCGGGACCGCUCCAGGGAGCGUGGGGGCGGCGGUGGCGGCGGCGGGGUCGAUCGGGAUGUUGAUCGGUCCAGGGAACCGCGGCGGGCCCCGUACGACCGCGGGGGAGCCCCCAGCAGCAACGGCCGCGGCGCAGAGCGGGAUCGGGACCGCGCCAAGGAGCCCUCUUCUCUUUUGGACCGCGACGCGAUUCGUUCCCGGGAAAGGCGGCUGGACGCGCAAGUGGCUCGGCCGGCAGCGGCGCCCGCGCAGAUGGACGCCCCCGCAGUUAUUCGCGGUCCUCCAGUCAACCCAACCUUGCGAGAUGUGACCCGGUUGUACAAGAACGGAGUGCUGUUCAACUACUCUAAUGACACCAUGCACGAGGUGAUGCGGGGUGGCCGCUUCGGCUCCAACGACCGGGACACGAUGCAGAGCAUCUCCGGCUCCACGUUGGUCUUCUUCUGGAACUUUGACCGGCGGCUGCUCCACGGGCCUUACUGCCGGGCUGCGGGGCAGGGCCUGGAGAUGUUCCGCUCCUCAGACUGGAGAUUCAAAUUUGCGCUCAAGUUCGAGAAGGUGGCUCGUUUCCCAGGUGGCCUGCCGGAGCGGGAGGCGCUGCGGGCGGGAGUGACUCUGAUGGACUCGGCACGGAGGCUGCUGACCACCGACCUGCGACUCAGUGUGUGCGAGCGGCUGUACCGGGCAUUCGAGGACGAGGAUGCUAGGCGCCAAAAGGAAAAGCAGCAGAAAGAGGCUGCGGCAGCGGCGGCAGCGGUCGAGGGCAGCGUCGCCGCCGCCACGGCCGCGGCGGCCGCCACCGCCGCUGCCGUCAUGCAGGUCCAGGAAGUGGACGGUGCGACGCUAGCCGCGACCAGCCUCUCCGCUGAGUGCCGAGCUGCCACUUCCGUCGGCGGGGGUGGCGGCGGCAGCGGCGGCGGCGGCGAGAGCCAGGAAUCGCCGACAAAGCUGCGGGAUGAUGGUGAGGGCCGUCAGCAGCCUCGCGAAUUGUCAACGCCACCGCCGCCGCCGACCCUGCAAGCGGCGGCGUUGUUAACCGUACGGCAAACAAAGGGGCAGGGCCCCAUCCCUGCUGCCGCAGCGGCAGUGCCUGUGGCAACCCCCACGACUACCACCCCUUCCGCCGGCAGCGGCGGAGGCUCGGCCUUGCACCACCAGCACCAUCAGCAGCAGGCGCAGUACAGUGCUGGGGCAGUGCCGCUACUGCCGCCGCCGCAGAAUCCUGUGAAUGGAGCAGACGAUGGGCGACGGCCGGCGGCGGUGACAGGGUUUUCGGAGCCUGAUAAAGAAGCCGGAGGUGCCGUGGGAUCUUCCGCCUGUGGCGGCAGCCGGGCGUACGGCAUCCGCGGUAGCGGCGGGAUGGCGGCGCAGCCUGUCGACUCGUGCGGGGAGCAAGCCGAACGCCAGGUCCAAGGCGGAGGGGACCUGCAUGCGGUGGCUGCUACUGCGGCGCCGGCAGCUGCGGCACAGCCUCCGCCGCCGCCGCCGCUGCUGCAGCUCCCCUACCCGCGGGAGGUAGACCGAUCCCGGGAGCGCAGUAGUUGCGGUGCUGGCGGCGGCGGCGGCGGCGGCGGCGCCCAUCCAGACCGCGCCCAUUUAGAUGGUCUCCGCGAGGGGCUCAGAGAUCUGGACCGGGAUCGCGAACGCGACAGGGAUCGAGAUCGAGAUCUUGAGCGAUCCAGGGAUCGUGGUGGGUUUGAGAGGGACCGCUUGGAACGCGCUGGAGAGCGGGAGCGGACGCGUGACAGGGGCCGGCCGAGGGAUUUGGAGCGGGAGCGGGAACGAGAGAGAGGGCGGGAGGCGCGGGAACGGAGCUGGCAAGCUCGCAACACAGCCGGACUGCGGAGGGAGGCGCGGGAGCGGGCUUGCGACAGGGGCGAGCGGGAGCGCGGCGGUGGCGGAGGAGGAGGAGGAGGAGGAGGAGGAGCGGCAGGGUGCAGCGGGCGCUUCAGAGAUGAGCUGCGGGGGGAUGAACGCGAGCAUGAUGUGGGUCAGGACAGGGAGCGCGACCGGGGCAGGGACGGCCGUGACGGCGACGGCAGCGGUGUGGCGGGUGGGAUGGCAGAUCGGCGGGAGCGGGAGCGGGGCCUUGUGUGGGAAGGGGGGGAUGGCGGUGGCGGCGGUCGGGGGUGUUCCCGCUCCAGGGAACGUGACCCAGGGCGGGAAGUGCGGGAUCCGUGCCGUGCCGCUGGCACCCCUGGCGGCGGCGGCGGCGGUGGCGGCAGCCAAGGGCCGCUGCCUCGAGACGAAGUGCGUGACAGGAUGUUGCACGGCAGCGGUGGCCGGGGCCGGAUCCGUAACUCGAAUGUAGACCGCAACGUCGGCUGCAUCAGCUUGGUGGCGGCUUUGCCAGCAGCAGCGGCAGCGGCAGCGGUGGCCGCGGGCAGCAUGAUUGGCAGUCGCUCCGCCACCGGCAGCGGCAUUGCCACCGGCGGCGGCGUUACCAUCACCGCUCUGCCGGAGGUUGAGGCAUCGGAGUCCAACUCACGUCAUGCAUCCAAGUCGGGUUCAGGGUCCGGAACAGAUUCGGAUUCGAGUUCCAGUUCCGGAUCCGAUGACAGCAGCUCCGGCGGCUCAGGGUCCAGCUCGGACUCCGAUUCCGAAUCAAGCUCCUCCAAGUCCAAAUCGGCCGUCGCUGAGCCGGAGGAGGCAUUUGGUCCGGAGGCCAUAGCCGCGGCAGUCGUGGGUCCGGCUGCCGCCGACAGCCGACAGGAACACAAGAGCUCCCUGCACCGACCUAACGGCGCUGCUGGCACUGCAGGGCAUGGCUGGGUCGGCAACCAGCCCUCGCAAUCUCUGCACCAUCACCACCACCACCACCACCACCACCAACAACAACAACAACAACAACAACAGGAUCAGCUGCCUGGCCAGAUCGGCAGGUCGCGUGCCUCCUUCCCGCACCCGGGUGGCCCCGAAGGAGAGCAUCUGACCGUUAGCCAGCUGAUACAGCCACAAUCUACCGCCGUCCAUCUAUCGUUACGGCCGCCGCCGCCGCCGCCGCCGCCGCCCCCACCAUCGAUGCCGUUAGGUGCAAGAAUGGAGCAGCAGCAGCAGCAGCCCGACCAACACCAAAACCACCACGAGCUGUCCGCAACCGCCGCCCCGGCCGAUGUGACCAUGGACGAGGGCAUCCUCGGAGGCGCCAGUGAUCUGCCCGACAACGCACGAGGGGUGGCGGCGGCGGUUCCGGAGCCAGAGGGUACUUCAGGUGACAUAGCAGAGUACGGCUUGCCUCCCGCUGAGGGCCGGCAGCAGCAGCAGCAGCUGCCUUGUCACAAUCACUAUCAAGACUGCAACGUCAGCCGUAAGCAUACGCGCAGCCACAGUCGCGAUGACCGUAAUCAUAUGGACCACCAGAAAGAGAUGAACAUGUCCAUAGACACGGGUGUUCUGCAACCGCGUGGAGACGGGGCUGCUGGGGCCGUUGCCGCCGAGGCCGCAACUGCUGUAGCCGUGACGGCCGCUGCCACCGUCCCGGCGACCGGCGAGGCGUUGGGUAUCGUGGAGGGUGCCUCGGGUGAAGGUACGCGCCGCAAUGUCCGUGACCUCGCUCCGCUGCGGACGCGGACGGGUCCAGAAGCUGCCGCCGGCGCCAGCCUCUGCAGCGACGCAGCCCUGAGGACCUGGCCCGAUACCGGCGCACGGGCUUUGGGUGCGCUGCGUUGCGCCGCACCGGAGCCCCUAGACCAUCAGGCAGCUGCCGGCGCCGUCUUGUGUACAACGCCGUGCAGUGCCAUACCCCGCAGACCAGAGCCGUUUGCUGGUGAUGUCGUCGGUACGGCUGAGCCGGGUGACGCGACGCCGAAAACCGGGGAAGCCGUUCUGGCAGGGUCGAAUUCAAAGGCACAUUUGAGAGCCGUACUCAUUACCACCACAACCGCUGCUGCAGAAGCGGUGAUGGCGACGGCACCGGCGUUGCCAUUGCCGCCUGUGCAGGCUGGGGCUGGCUUGGCGACGCAACCUGCCGCGGUUGCAAAUGCCGCUGCUGCGACUGCUGGUACAUCGCCUGUUAACGCCGGUGCUGGCCCUGCGGGAACUGUGGAGGCGGAGCAGGAGGUGGAUCCUGACGAUGACAUUUGGCGAGAUUUGGACGACCUGACGAGCCUGGGCACUGUUACGCACUAG